GCUCAACCAGGAGCGGAGCCAUGGAUGGGGGCCAACCAUAGAGGUCCUGGUGUUUCUGUUUUGGCUGGCCAGCGGUGCGUCGUACCGCGUGGUGUCGAGGGCAUUCGACAUGCCCAGGACCACGGUGCACAACGUCGUCCAUAGGGUCUGUGGCUGUGUGAUCGUGGCGAUGCCAAGGGUGAUCCGGUUACCUUCCACUGCUGAGGGGCAGAGAGAGGUAUCUGAGGGUUUUGCCCGACUGGCUAGGCAUGGGGCUUUUGCCAGGGCCAUGGGAGCCAUUGACGGCUGCCAUGUUCGUAUCAAAUCCCCGGGAGAGCCCCAUGGCCAGGAUUAUUUCAACCGCAAAUUAUUUCCAUCGAUACAGCUGCAGGCGGUGUGUGACCAUGCAGGGCGCUUCAUUGAUGUGUUUGUGGGUUAUCCAGGUUCUGUCCACGACGCCCGGGUCCUGAGGCACAGCCCCCUGUUCCAGUCUGCCGCGUACCCACCCCCUGAUACCUUCUUGUUGGGUGAUGGGGGGUACCCCUGUCUGAUGAGGCCCAUUUCCCUCAUCACACCAUACAAGAACCCACUCAGGGGAGUGGCACAACAGAGGUUUAACGCGCAUCAUGCCAGAGCUCGUUCGGUCAUUGAGCGGGCUUUUGGCAUGAUGAAGACCAGGUGGAGGUCCAUCUUUUUCUGUGCCUUGGAGGUGGACGUCUCAUUUGUGCCAGAUGUCAUUGUGUGUUGCACUAUGCUUCACAAUGUAUGUCUGGGCAAUGAUGAUGUCCUACCGGUGGAUGAGGAGGACCCUGAAGAGCCCGUCGGGGGAGAGGACCAUGGCGAAACAUCAAGUGGUGGUGCCCUGCGAGACAGCAUUGCAGAUCAGCUGUCCGCACUUCAGUGUCUUCCAUCGGGACACGAUUAUUGUUAAUAAAUUAUUAUAUAGUUCUUUGAUUAAUAAAUUAUUAUAUAGUUCUUUGAUUAAUAAAUUGUUAUGUAGUUCUUUGAUUGAUACAUUGUUAUAUAGUUCUUUGAUUGAUACAUUGUUAUAUUGUUCUUUGAUUGUAUAUUGUAAUUACAUUAAUUAAGUUAUAACACCGUUCAUGUCGUUGCAGGAACACGGACAGGAGCCUGAAAACACCGCACUCACUCCACCCACCCAACUCACUACACUCACUCACACAGAAAUGACCAAGGAGGGUGGUCGCUCCCUGAGCCUGGGCCCUCCCGAGGUUUCUUCCUACAUGGGAGUUUUCCCUCGUCACUGUUGCCCUUGUGCUUGCUUGGGGAGCUUUCCAAUAAAAUACACUUAUUUUAACUUAA